AUGAAGCCCACUGCCCUCCUUCUAGGCCUUCUCCUGUCGGUCCUCUUCUUCUCCGGCUUCGUGGCCGCAGAGGACGAUCCCACGGACGGCAGCACCACUCCCACCGACGGCAGCACCACCCCCACCGACGGCUCAACUACCCCCACCGACGGCUCAACUACCCCCACCGACGGCUCCACCACCCCCACCGACGGUUCCACCACCCCCACCGACGGCUCAACCACACCCACCGACAGCUCCACCACCCCAAGUGGUGGCUCCACCACCCCCACCGACGGAAGCACUUCCCCGACAGCAGGCAGCACCCCUUCCACUGAUGCAGGCUCCGCAUCCGACCCCACCGCCGCCUCUCCCUCCACCGCCAACAGCGGCAGCACUAGCAACAGCCGCAGGAGCCGCAGAGCAGCCCGCCAACGUCGCCAGAGAGCCCAACGCCGCCGCGCCGCCAGGCGCAAGGCCGCCAGAAGGAACAGGAACAGACGCCGGAACAACAGCAACAGGGUCGGCUAA